CUGUCCGCCGGCACAGCCAUAGAGGUUGAUCUUGAGGCCCGAGAUUUUGACGCUGCACAUGGGGCUCAUACUGCCAAACCGGGCACUCGGAAACAACGUGGGUCGGACGCCGAUAUCCAGAGGCGUUACUCUGUUGAAGACCUGGUUGCAUUGGGGUUCCGUCACAUACCAUGGGAUGGGUUAACUCCAUAUCCCCUCAUCGAUCCCUUAGGCCGGGUUAUCGGUGUUUUGGCUGGAACACCUGGUUCUGGCUAUGCAGAAGAUCUUCUCCGAGCUUCCGAUCUGAUUCUGCAGGAGGGUAAGCAGGCUGGGCUUGGUGCCGCUGCCCCCAACCCUCAUUUACGCAGUUCAUUCCCAGCUUAUAACUGCGGCAUUACUAUGGGAAUGGGAAGCCCUUGCCCAGUUGCUCUCAACCCAAAGGCUUUAACAGUUGUUCUUGCGCGACUUGUAGGGCAUGAGACCGUCCUCCAAAUGGCUAUGUAUCAAAACCGAGCUUUCUCUAUUUGGGCUCCUCGUGUCUAUGCAGUAUAUGAAGCAACUCAGACCAGAAUGUAUGAGGAGUUACCAACUCUUUCCCGAAACUUCCCAGGUAGUGUAUUUUCCGCUGCUGCCUUCAAUUUCGGGGGUAAUGUGUGGACAUAUAAGCAUAGAGACCAUUUGAACUGGCCAUUUGGGUGGUGUGCUAUCACUGCACUAGGCCGGUUUGACCCAGCACGAAGUGCACAACUCAUACUCUGGGAAUUAAAGCUAGUUAUUGAUUUCCCUCAUGCUGCUACUAUUCUCAUUCCUUCUGCUGUUAUUACCCACUCAAAUACCCCUGUUGCUGAAGGGGAUAUUUGA